CUGCUGUGGAGGUGACGGGGCCGUUCGGUUCGCUCUCCGUUGCUCUCCGUUCUCUCGGAACAAAAGCGGCUCCUUUCGGCUCGGCCCGCUCGGCCGUUCGUACGUACGCGAGAGGAAAGAAGAGAGAGAGAGAAGGAAAGCGAGAAAAUAUCGUUCGCUCGCGCGAUCGCGUAUACUCCGUAUUCGUUUCUAGCGACGAGCAAGGCUAGCCAACCGCGACUUUGACGGAAGUCGACCGGCCGUAUAUACGCAUCUCUCUCCCUCCGUCGCGCUCGCGCUCGCGCGCGCGCGCGCGUUGUAUCUCUCGCUCGCUUCGACGUUCGUAACGUUCGACGAGGAGCGACGACAUCGAGCUGUUCUACGAGACGCGACUGUACCAGCUGUGGUGACGCGACACGCUCUCGGGGGGGAGGCGAGUGUAUUAUGCCGUGCUCUGUGUUCUCUCGUUUGUAAUCUUCUGUUCUGUGCAUUCGGGCCGCAAAGCGCGAGGCUAAGGUCGGGUUUUUGCUUUCCGUCGCGCAUCGCGAUCCUCGCCUCUGUGUGCACCGAUGUUUUCUCCACCGAGGCCCCGUUAACGCCGAGGGAACAAAGGGAGACGGCGAGGGAGGCCAGCAGCGGGCGUAAGAGAAAGAGAGAAGACCUACACACAUACAGUCGUCGUAUCGAUCGAGAGCUGGUCCCACUUGACAUCACGAACUUUUUGGGAAAAUUAGUUUAUCUCGGCGGACUUGUUGUUGAUAGCAUGCAAGGACGCGAAGCGCAUUGUUACAAAGCGGCUACAAGGCGAUGAGAAGCCUGAAUGGAGUCAGAGGAAGCCUCAGAGCCCCCUGGGGCUCCCACCAAUGUUCCGUUGACAGAGCAACGCAGCCGGGUCAAUCUUGUCGCUGCACUUAAGCCGAUCUGAACCGCCACCCAUCUCAUCAUUUACACCAGAUCUGCAUUUAGUCGCGGUACUCCGGAGAGAGCGAGACAGAAGAGAGAGAACAGCUUAUCCGAUCAGAUAUCCGAUCAGAUACGUCCAGACGAGCCGAACACCCGGAUUGAAACCGAUAUAGUGAAACCCAUGCCAAAGAUCUACUUACGCCAAUCGAUUUACAUUAGGGAAUCCCGAUAAACUCAAUCGCGAGAAGCGGUUUCAUCGCGCCGAGGUAACAGGAGAAGAGAGAUAUCGGGACGUCGAAAUGGCGGCGCCGGUGAUCGAGAAGAAGCGUUUCUUCUGCCGAGAAUGGGCCUUCACGAAGCUGUCGCACUGCCUGGAGCAGAGGCCGCAAUCGAAGACGUGCGGUGCUCUGAUCGUAGGCGGACCGGGAAGCGGGAAGACGGCUCUCUGCGCCGAGUUGGCGUGGCCGUCAAGCGGCGCUUCCGCGAGACAUCAGCGGUCCCUGAAUCGUCGUCUGCUGGCCCGACACUUCUGUCAGGCUAGAAGCGAGGCCUCUCUGUCGCCCGCUCAAUUUGUGCGGUCUCUGGUGGCUCAGCUGCUCCAGGCGAGCUCGGACGGCUCUCAUCAUCGAGCGUCGUCCACGCCCAUCUCGCCGGCGACAUCCGCGAAUGCAGCCACGACCACGGUCACCACAACGUUGCUCACGACGGCGACGACGACGACGACGACGACGACGACGACAAUGGCG